AUGCGCUCGUUGAUGAGUGAGCGUAUCGAAAGACAGGCAUCGGCGAAUGGCAUUCGGAAAGCGGACGCGCUGACCAUGGACGAGUUCAUCAUGAAGCAUGUGUCGAAUGUCGAAGCCGAGCCCUGGGACCUUAAGCUCGAACUCUUGCUGAAUAAAGCUCACUGGCCCGUGCCGGCAACGCGAAGGUCGCUGCUGUGGUCUCAGCUUGGGUGGAGGGGGUUGGCGAUGAGUGAUUGGGGGGGCACGAAUUCGACGGCGGAGAGCAUCGAUGCGGGGAUGCACUUGGAGAUGCCCGGGCCGACGAGGUGGCGGAGGGUUGAGGAUGUGAAGGCGGCGCUUGGUGACGACGUGGAGCUGCUUUACGCCAAGGGCGCGCACACUUUCCGUCUUCUGCCCCCGAUGGGCGAGGACCGCUUCGACACCGACGACUACUCCAACCCCCCCCCCGUCGGCACCAAGAACAUCCCCACCUCCAACUGGGCGCCCAUCCUUUCCACCGAAACCGCCGAAGCCGGCAAGCUCACCGGCACCUUCAGGCCCUCGAAAACGGGCAACCACCACCUCGGCUUCUCCGGCCUCGGCCCCUGCAAGCUCUUCAUCAACGGCGAGCUCGUCUCGGAGCAACCCCACAACCACCCCGAGCCCAUGGCCUUCAAUCCUCCUCGGCGGCGGCCAGCAACACCCCUUCCAACACCCUUUCCGCGCCGGCCUCCCCUACACCAUCGAAGCCCACCUACUCCCACCGCCUGCCCGCCCCUCAACACCAGCGGCCUCAGCGUCGCCGAUCGAUUUGCUGCCGGGGGAAAGGUUGUGCAGGUGUAUGCGGGGCCGGCGGGGGAGACGGCGGUCGAGAUGGCGGUGAAGCAGCUUGUUGGGUUUGAGCGGGUGGAGUUGGCGCCGGGCGAGACGAAGGCGGUGCGGGUGGCUGUGCCGGUGAGGGGGCUGGCGUAUUUCGAGGAGGGGGUGGGGAAGGGGGUGGUGGAGAAGGGGGAGUAUAGGAUCAUGGUGGGCGAGUCGUCGGUCGAUAUCCUGGAGAGCUGGGUUGUGGCUGUGGCCGAGAGGUUGGAGUUCGCGCCGUAA